CAUCUCCUUAAUUUGCGAUUGUGCAAUAGUGUAUGCUGAUCCAAUCAAGGAGCUUUGUACGAUUUGCUAGCGUUGGAGUUUCGAACACUUUUCAGCUUGCACAUCAUCGUAUCGCUCCGAUAGCCGUUAGUGCAAAGACUUGUGCUCGACUGUCAAGUACUUCACCGAUUGGCCUUACACAUACUCGAUCGAUUCAAAGAUCAAAGACAUUUGAUAACACCCCUCCUCGUUUGAUACCGGCUGCAUUCAAGAUGUCGACCACUACGGCGCCAUAUGUCUCAUCUACCAAGUCACAAUUUGGUGAUUGGCCAGCAAACAAAGUUCGUGAAACAUUUGUAGACUACUUCAAAGAAAGACAGCAUACAUUCGUUCCAAGUAGUUCAACGAUUCCUUAUGAUGAUCCAACACUUCUAUUCGCAAAUGCUGGUAUGAACCAAUACAAAGCAAUCUUCCUCGGAUUGGCUCAAGCAGAUUCUCCUUUGGGUCAGUUGAAACGAGCUGUGAACAGUCAAAAAUGUAUCCGUGCAGGUGGUAAGCACAACGACUUGGACGAUGUAGGAAAAGACACAUACCAUCAUACAUUCUUUGAAAUGUUGGGUAAUUGGAGUUUCGGUGAUUAUUUCAAAAAAGAUGCAAUUCAAAUGUCUUGGGAAUUGCUCACAAAGGUGUAUGGUCUACCAGCCGAUCGCCUUUACGUUACCUACUUUGAGGGAGAUCCAAAGAACGGCUUAGAACCUGAUACAGAAGCUCGCGAUUUGUGGCUCUCCGUUGGUGCUCUGCCUGAAAAUAUCCUCACAGGUGACGCAAAAGACAAUUUCUGGGAAAUGGGUGCCACUGGACCUUGCGGACCUUGCAGUGAAAUCCACUACGAUCGUAUCGGUGGACGUAAUGCAGCACACCUUGUCAACCAAGAUGAUCCAGAUGUUCUUGAAAUUUGGAACAACGUCUUUAUGGCCUACAACCGUGAGCCAGAUUCUUCCUUGAGACCUUUACCUGCAAAGCACAUCGAUACCGGUAUGGGCUUUGAACGUUUGGUAUCCGUAUUGCAAGAUAAGCGAUCAAACUACGACACCGAUGUUUUCCUUCCUUUGUUCAGCAAGAUUCAAGAAUUGACAAAAGCGAGACCGUAUGCAGGCAAGCUCGGAAAAGAAGAUGUUGAUGGAAUAGACACCGCUUACCGUGUCGUUGCAGAUCACAUUCGAACUUUGGCUUUCGCAAUGAGUGAUGGUGGUGUGCCUGACAGAGAUGGAAGAGGAUACGUUUUGCGUAGAAUCCUAAGAAGAGGUACACGUUAUGUUCGCAAGUACUUCCAAGUGCCAAUUGGGCACUUUUUCAGUGAUUUACUUCCCACACUUGUGGAGCAAUUGGGUACCUUUUUCCCCGAAUUGCACAAAAAAGUUGAUGAUAUCAAACAAAUCCUAGACGAAGAGGAAGCUUCUUUCGCUCGAACUCUCGACCGAGGUGAGAAACUGUUCGAACAAUACGCCGCCAAAGCCAAAGCUGAAAAUCGCAAGGAGCUGAGCGGUACGGAUAUUUGGCGUCUAUACGACACCUUUGGUUUCCCCGUCGAUUUGACUCACAUUAUGGCCGAAGAACAGGGAUUGCAGAUCAAUGAGGCGGACUUUGAAAAAGCAAGAUUGGCAAGUCUGGAAGCAAGCAAAGCUCAAAAUAAGAAGGAAGGAAGUGACAUGCCAAAAUUGGAUGUUCACGAUCUCGGUCACUUGGAGAAGGAAUUGAAAUUGGCUAAGACUGACGACAAUGCAAAGUAUGGCAGAGAAAAUGUGCAAGCCAAGAUAUUGGCAAUUUACCAAAAUGGUGGCUUCUUUGAUUCUUCUGAAUCACAGAACGUGGACAGCAACAAGCCUCUCGGUAUUAUUCUAGACAAGACCUCCUUCUAUGCUGAAUCUGGUGGUCAACAAGGCGAUACUGGAAGCAUCAUUAUUGACGGACAAGCAGAAUUUGCUGUUGAAGAUACCCAAGCUUACUCAGGUUAUGUCUUGCAUGCCGGGUUCUUCAAGUAUGGUCAAUUGAAGGUGGGCGACAGUGUUGUUGCCGGAUAUGAUGAAUUGCGCCGUUGGCCAAUCCGUAACAAUCACACAGGUACUCACAUCCUCAACUUUGCUCUACGUGAGAUCGUAGGUGACCAUAUCGAUCAACGCGGUUCACUCGUAGCCCCCACAAAGCUGCGUUUCGACUUCAGCAACAAGGCCGGUAUCGCAGUACCGGAUAUGGACAAGAUUGAAAAGAUUUGUAAUGAUUGGGUUGAGAAGAACGUUGCCGUCUAUUCUCGUGAGGUUACAUUAGAAGAAGCUCACAAGAUUCCCGGCGUUCGAGCUGUUUUCGGAGAAAAGUAUCCUGACCCAGUGCGUGUUGUGAGCUUACAAUACAGCGUUGAGGAUAUCGAGAAGGACAUUGAAAACCCACGCUGGAGAACGACAAGUAUUGAAUUCUGUGGAGGAACACAUGUGGCAAAGACUGGAGAUAUCAAAUCGAUUGUCAUCUUGGAAGAGAAUGGUAUCGCAAAGGGUAUCAGACGUAUUACUGCUGUUACAGGCGAUGAAGCCUGUCAAGCAACACAAGAUGCAAGUGAAUUCAAGAAACGAUUGGAUGCUUUGGAGAAAGAGCAAAACUUUGAUGUCAAAGAAGCAGGAAUCAAACAGUACAGUGUUGAACUAUCGCAAGCUGUGAUCAGUAUCGUCAACAAGGCAGAAUUGAAUGAAGCCUACCAAAAAGUUCGUAAAGCUCAUGAUGCUAAGUCCAAAGCACGCUCUGCUGAGCAAACGAAAAUUGUGACCGAUGCUAUUACAAAACAUUUCGAGAACACUGAAGAGACGGUCUUUGUUCAUAAAUUUGACAUUGGAGCCAACAGCAAAGCCUUACAAGCAGGUUCUGCUUUACUCAAAAAGCUCAACAAAGCUGGCUAUCUAUUUUCUGCUGCCGUUGAUGAGGCUGGAGGAAAAACUGCAGAUGGUGUAAAUCCAGUUGGAAAAGUUGUUCAUGUAAACUUUGUUCCGAAGCAAGAUAUCGAAAAAGGUUUAGAUGGUCGUCAAUGGUCCGAAACAAUUCUUCCUAUUAUUGGUGGAAAGAGUGGUGGUAAACCUGAAGGUGCUCAAGGUGUUGGUACUGAUUGUGGCUCGGCUGUUGAUGAUGCUGUUAGAGCUGCGGCAAGAUUCUACACCGAGCGUACUUUCCGAUCAUCUUUGCCCGGACAAGGUGAAAAGUUGGAUGCGGCAUAAGAAGCAAGACAUCUUUGAAGAUAGAUCUCUCGUAACAAAAAUCGUCAUUGCGUUGUAGUGCUAUAAAUGAAAUAUUUUAGAAAACCUU